ACUCCGAUAACUACCGUCCCCGCGAGAGUUCGGUUCUGCUGCUGAGCUUCCUCGAUCAAUUCACGCCUGCCUACUCUGCACCAAUGCUAUCGCUACCAACUCCUCGUCGUCAAUCCAUUCGUCAGUUACCGCUGAGGCUACGUACUGAUCCCACCCAGCGUGACAGAUCUCGCUCGCGCCGCCGCUCUCGCAGCCCUCGUCGCAGCCGUCGCUCUUACGAUUCCAGAUCCCGCUCACGCUCGCGUGAUAACUACAGAAGAGACGAACGCAGGUCCCGCUCGCCCGUCAACGGAUCCGCCGCAGCUCCCAAUUACGCAGCCAACAACAACGCUUAUCCUUCCGAUCGUGAAGGAGGUGCCUCAGCAGCAGCUCCUGCUAGAAACUUCGAAGAGCGCGUCGUCGCCAAAGAACAAAUGAUGCAGAACGUGCGCGAACACUCUCAACAAGACCGUCGUGUCUACGUCGGCAACCUCUCCUACGAUGUCAAGUGGCACCACCUGAAGGACUUUAUGCGCCAAGGUGAUCUUCGCCGAUGUCUUGCUUCUCCCAAAUGGAAUGUCGAAGGUGGGCUCAUGAUUUUUUGGCUGGUUUCCCUGGCUAUGGCUUUUUUUGAGGACAAUGGAUUGACGGAAGGACUUUGUCCCGGAAUUGUGGAAUAUGCAACCAGAGAUCAAGCUCAAAACGCGGUCAACACACUCUCAAACCAGAACCUCAUGGGUAGAUUGGUCUACGUUCGCGAGCCCCGUUUCAGCAGCGGUGGUCAAGGCGGCGGUAUGCGUGGUGGCUUCCAAGGAGGCAUGCGCGGCGGUUUUGGCGGCAGCGGCUAUGAUGCUAUGGGUGGUGGCCCCGGCAUGAUGGGUGGAAGCCGCCAGAUCUACGUCUCUAACCUUCCCUACACUGUUGGCUGGCAAGAUCUCAAGGAUCUCUUCCGUCAAGCUGGUGAGCUCGAACUCGUGCAUUUGGUGUAUGCACGAUGUACUGACUCUUGCUGUANNGCUCACACUGGCACUGUCGUUCGUGCUGACGUCCAUGUCACUCCCGAUGGCCGCAUGAAGGGUUCUGGUAUCGUCGCUUUCGACAACCCAGAUGACGCCCAGGUCGCCAUCCAGCAGUUCAACGGAUAUGACUGGAACGGCCGCAUCCUUGAAGUCAGAGAGGACCGUUUCGCUGGCCCGCCCGGUUUCGGUGGCGGCCGCGGUGGCUUUAUGGGCGGACGUGGAGGUUUCGGUGGACAGUUCGGUGGUCGUGGAGGUUUCAUGGGCCGUGGCGGCUUUGGUGGUCAAUUCGGCGGCGGCCGUGGAGGAUUCGGCGGCGGAUUCGGUGGUGCGCCCCCUGGCGGUUUCCACGGCGGUCCUCCUGCUGCUCCUGCUCCUCCUAACCCCUUCACCGACUUCGCAACCUCUGGUGGUGAGCCCGGCCCUGUCAUCUACGUCCGUAACUUGUUCGAAAGCACCGAUCCCGAGAAUANNCUCCCCUGGUCCACUAGCAACGAAGAUCUGGUCGAACUCUUCACUACCAUCGGCAAGGUCGAACGUGCUGAGAUUCAGUACGAGCCCAACGGUCGCUCGCGCGGCACUGGUGUCGUCGAGUUUGGCAGCGCAGAGGAUGCCGGUACUGCUAUCAGUAAGUUGUGCCUCACUGCUCGCAAAUACUCCAACCAGCAGCCUGCCGUCGACCCCAUGCAAGGCCAAGAACAGACCGGCGGCAUGCCCAUGGGUCUUACUCAGGAUCAGAUCAUG